GCGACAACGAGCUGGAUUCCUCUAGUGACGCAGGAGAAGAAGGAGAAGAAGCGCAAACUGUUAGCUUACCAGGCAGGAGUUCAAAUGAACGAUGGAUCAGAAGAUUCCUUAUGAUGACUAUCAGCUCCCAGUGGUUUUCCUGCCUUCAUAUGAAAACCCACCGGCUUGGAUUCCUCCUCAGGAGAGGGUUCAUCACCCAGACUACAACAACGAGCUCACCCAGUUCCUCCCUCGCACCAUCGUGUUGAAGAAACCUCCAGGAGCCCAGCUGGGUUUUAACAUCCGAGGAGGCAAGGCGUCGCAACUAGGGAUCUUUAUAUCCAAGGUGGUCCCAGAUUCAGAUGCCCACAGAGCAGGAUUGCAGGAAGGAGAUCAGGUUCUCUCUGUGAAUGAUGUGGAUUUCCAAGACAUAGAGCACUCGAGAGCGGUAGAGAUUCUGAAGACCGCUCGGGAAAUUGUGAUGAAGGUUCGCUUCUUUCCCUACAACUACCAGAGACAAAAGGAGAGAACUGUCCACUAGGUGGCAGCAGCGUUCCUAAAACACUUCAUUCGACGUCAUUUUCUGCUUCUACUGACUCCUAAGCACUUCAUCGCAGCUUCAAGAUGACAGAUUGUUGGUGUCAUUCAAACUCCUCCAUGUUCUCUGGUGUAGUGGUGAAAGAUGGUGAAAUAUUGUCAGAUGUACUGCGAUAUUUCAUCGUUUCUGCCACAUUGUGGUCCAAUCAUAUAGUGUUAUGCUUUGCAUUUGAAAAUGUAUCAUUUUAAUCUCCAUUAUUGUUUUUUUAAAAGAAGUUUUUAAUGUAAUUUAGUACUGAUAACAUCUCAUCUAUGUUUAAUAGCAUUUUGAAAUCCCAAAUGGCACAGUUAGUGCACUAAUCUUGACAUUAGACACUAAAACAAAACAUUAAAACACUGACGGAAAUAAUAAGAGCAAAUUGUGCGAGACUUCUGAUAAAUUUUUUAUAUUUGUGUUUGCGUCACCUUACAAGUUUUUGAGUAUUUAUCAAAUAUUGUAAUUGUGUAAGAAAUUAUAAAAACUGUAAAUACGAAUACUAAUUUUAACAUUAUGCCAUUUUUGUACAGUUUUUCGAUUAAAUAUACAUGAACAAACUCAGGAGCCAAAAGGUUAACAUGGCUUCAUAAGACAUUGUUAUACAUUUAUUAUGAAAUGUUCAUAAUAAAGAAACAUUCUUUAAGAAUUUCAGUGCACUGCAUGUUUAACUACGUUCAUCUUUCAGUAUCAAUGUCCCUUGUGUUUCUCUGGAGGAUGUUGACAUAAACUUUGCACCAGGUGUCGUAACAGCCCAGGUAAUCAUUACAUGCCAGGAAUUUAUGACAAAUGAGCCAAUUAGAUAUUUUAACACAGGGAACAAAUAUUGUAACUUAUUUAGUACUUAGUAGAAAGCCUCAUUUCCUCUUU